AAUGAAUCUUAUAUUUUACACAAACCACUCAUCAGUGAAAAGGUUGAUAAAGUGGCUUACUUUGCUUUCCAUCCAUUCCACUGCGUGCGUUCAACGGUCAACGGGAGAAGUACCAAAACGUCAGUUGUGUUGUUGAUGUGUGAGUGUGAAAAAGGACUGUGAACGUACCUCCGCUUCCGUGCACGGUGAUCGAUUCCAGAAUCCUUAAAUGCUUUCACACAGUGAGGAGACACUUUUCCGACUAGGCUUUAGUUGCAAAAUUGGUGAAAGCGUGUUUUAGUAAAACACACACACAGAGAAUGUGAAUGUGCCGACCGUGUGCCCCCGCCUCCGCCAAGCAACAAACAGUGCGUUCCGAAUUCAACAUGGUUUAAUGGUGCGUCGGAUUCUUCCACUACUCGGUUCCGUCCUGUGCUAGAGCGCCGUGGCAGAAAAAUAUGCGACCGAAACGAAGUGCCGCGUCGAGGAAGGUUGUAGCUAAUUGCAAGUAGAAUUGUUAGAACGCUCAGCAGCUCAAAACCCUAAACCGGACGGACGGACGUGCGGAACGACACCAGCAGCCCGCGUGGGAAGUACAGCAACACGACAAAAUGCCCGAACAUCUUGAACUGCAGCAGCUGGUGGACGGGGUGUUACAGGGCACCACAGGCCACCGGUCACUGUCCUGGCUGCAGUGCUCCUGCCCCUAUCUGGGCAUCAUCCUUGCUACGGUUUCGUCAUUUUUCUUCUCACUCUGCUCCGUCAUUGUGAAAGGACUUGUUGAUGUAAACCCCAUCGAGCUGGCCACCUUCAGAUUCAUUGGCGUGUUGCUGCCCUCGAUACCAAUCGCAAUCUAUCGGGAGGAAACCUUCUUCCCGGAGGGAAAGCGAAUCAUACUUAUGCUGCGGUGUUUCGUCGGAACCACAGGACUCAUGCUUAGCUUUUACGCUUUUCGCCACAUGCCGCUUGCGGACGCGUCCGUGAUUAUUUUCUCGACGCCCGUGUUUGUGGCCAUUUUUGCACGGCUUUUCCUGCGCGAGGCUUGCGGUAUGUUCAAUGUUAUCACCAUUAUCCUAACACUGAUCGGCGUGGUGCUCAUCACCAAGCCACCGUUUCUGUUCGGGGACAAUCUGGUCUCGAUAGUGGACGAACAGAUCAUGGAAAACAGCUACGACAUUUGGGGCCCGGUUGCGGCCCUUUCGUCGACCUUGUUCGGUGCGAACGCGUACGUACUGCUGCGCGCCCUGAAGGGGCUACACUUCUCCGUCAUCAUGUCCAACUUUGGCGCCUUUGCCUUGCUGUACACGCUUUUGGUGUGCUACUACAUUGGAGCGCUCUGUUGGCCACUGUGCGGUACGGAUCGGUUUCUCGUCAUAGCCCUGGCGCUGUUUAGCUUCGGCGGCCAGAUACUGCUUACGCUCGCGCUGCAAUACGAACAGGCCGGUCCUGUAGCGAUUGCCCGUUCGGCCGACAUCGUGUUUGCCUUCAUCUGGCAGAUUAUGUUUUUCAAGGAAACUCCUAGCCUUUACUCGGUGCUCGGGGCGCUGCUAGUGGUCAGCUCGGUCGUUUUAUCCGGCCUGCGCAAAUGGGCCCUCGCGCUGCCCAGGGACUCGGAAACGAGGAAAAAGUUACAUUUCCUCUACCUGGAAUAGAUACACUUAGUAGGCGUGUCGGAAUGUGUGGGAAACGCUGAUACGCGUUCCAUAUUCCAUUUUGGCUCAACCACUUGCAACAAUGCAUCAUUUUUUUUAUCUGUGUACAUUCCAAACCUCGUUUUGUAAGUAGAGAAGAUAAAAAACACACACAUUUCCCAGAAGAAGGAAAUUUCCAAAAGCAAAUCAAAUACUUUGCACGAUUAUUCCAACAGAAUUGAGCAAAAAUAUCCUUACCAAAUCAUUCAAUUUUAAACUCCAGAUAACAAACAACUCUCUUAACAGUAAAACACACACUCGCAUCCAUUUUAUCAUCGCUUGAUCGUUCGAUUCCAGAUAGCAGAGAGCAGAGAGAGAAAGAACAUCAAGGAAAAAUGUUUGACAAAAAAAACCAACAAAAUGAUAAACUGUAAGACUUUAUGACGACCAAAAUCAGAACGUAGGUGGAUAAGAGAUAUUUUUAAACGAUACACAUUACCCAACUAUGGAAUUGCUUUCCAUUGCUGUUAAACCACCAUCCAAUGGAACUAAACGCUAAAUACAAAUGCACACCCUCGGCCUUUUCAAAACUUCACACUCAAUCGUGAUGCAAAUGGUGGAAGGAUAAGCAAAAGCUGUCCUUCUGCCGCUAUUUUCACUUAUUGACACUAAUCCUAAUAGGAUCAGUUUUCCAAAGGGCGAGGGUACCAAAGAGGCAGAGAGAAAGAAAGAGCGAAAGAGUGAAAGAGAGAGAGAGAGAGAGAGAAAAGCAAGAAGUUAGCAUGUUACGAUUCUAGUCAAACAAACGUUUUCCGUCACGUUCAAAGGACAUCAGCAAAGUAGUAAUAACAGCAAAUCAGCAUCACGGAUUACUAGGAAAACUCAAACGCUUGUCAAACAAAAAGAGCAGGAGCGAAAACGGGUUUCCCUGUCCCUGUUUCUUGUGUAAUAUGAAAUAUUAAAUAGUUUAAUAAAACUGCAUUGUGAUUUAAA